AUGACGUCGAUGUUGACACCAAGAUCUCAGAAGACAUUUUCAUGCUUGGACCCCCAACUAAGAUUUUAUUCUGGCUUAUCUCCUACCAAGAAAAUGUGGGCGUACGUUCAGCGUCGUCAGAUCGCCAACCAGGUGACAUUAGACCACCAAAAGGACAUCGAAUCAGCCGAACACUUCAGACCGUCUCUUCUAAAGCGCUCUUUUUCACCUCCAAGCAACACAAGAACCUCUGAAGAAGGAAGCCAACAGGAGUCUAGCGAGAGUCGCUUUCAAGUCCAAAGCGCAGGCGAGGAUGAUCCCCUGAACCCAUUGAACUGGUCGCGAUCAGGCAGAGCAAAAAACGUCUUCAUUAUCUGCUUCCUUGUCUUCACGCAAUGCUGGGCAGGCUCUGCCAUAUCUAUGGGGAACUUAAUGGCUAGUGAAGAAUUCCACGUAAGCCAAGUCGCCGAGAAUCUCUCUACAGCCAUGUUUCUGUUUGGAGUCGGUACUGGAGCUCUGUUUGCUGGACCCAUAUCCGAAACAAUUGGAAGGAAUCCAACAUAUUUGGUCGCGACAGCUUUGUAUCUGUGCUUCGUUCUUGGAUCGACAAUGACGCCUACGUUUGGUGGGCAAGUCGUUUGUCGAUUCUUGGUGGGCUUAUCGGCUAGCGCAACGUUAACCAUCAAUGGGGCGAGUGUGAAUGACCAGUUCAGGCCAGUCAAGAGAGCAUUAGUGUUUCCGAUUGUUGCUUGGGCAAAUGUGGCAUCUCCCGUUAUUGCGCCAAUAGCAGGUGGCUGGAUUGUCUCCAACCCAAACCUUGGUUGGCGUUGGACAGAAUGGAUAACUCUGAUAAUAUCUGGAGCUGCCUUUAUUGUAGCCUUGUUCUUCCUCCCAGAGACAUAUUUUCCUUUGAUUCUGUCAUGGAAGGCAAAGGAGCUUCGUCGCAUUACGGGAGAUCAGCGAUACACUUCGCAACACGAGCAGAAGCAUUCAUUCUGGAAGCAACUGAGACAAACCCUUCCACUACCGGCAACAUUUUUCCUCAGUGAACCGGUCAUUAUUGUACUGGGCCUCUACCUCAUUUUGCUUUACAUUCUUCUCUUUAGCUUUCUCUCAGGCUUUGACUAUAUCUUCAAACACACAUACGGACUCGAGCCUGGAUACCAAGGCUCCUGCUUCGCAGCCAUUGCAGCGGGAGCAACUGCUUUCGUCCUCUGUGGGCCUGGACUCUACGAGUGGGCAAGACAACAUACAGAACGAGUCAAAGGAGCUUCCAUCCAGCCCGAGUUCAGGCUCUGGCCCGCCAUCGUCACAGCUCCAUUCCUUCCCAUCUCACUAUUCUGGCUGGGUUGGACGAACUAUUCCGGCAUCUCCAUCUGGAGCGGACUCGGAGCUUGUUUUCUGUUCGGCAUUGUGUUGACGUCUAUUUAUGUCAGUAGCUAUGAGUACGUCACUGAUAGCUACGGAGAACACUCUGCUAUCGCACUGGGCAGUAUUACUAUGUCACGGUACCUUAUUGCUGGUGGAAUGGUCAUGGCUGCGCGGCCUAUGUAUGAAGGUAUUGGU